GUACAAUCUGCUCCAAGCAUCUCAGCCGUCCAAUAUUUUCAUCUCUCCUCUCUAUUAAAGCGACAUAUUUGACCUUCAACACUGUCUUCCGCCGCCCUCCUGCGCUCGCCAUCGGGUCGCGUCUCCCGUUCCCAUUCCGAUUCUUCUCACAUUAGAAAGGCGAGGAAAAGAUGUUCGGGAGAGCGCCGAGGAGAAGCGACAACACCAAGUACUAUGAGCUAUUGGGAGUGUCGAAGAGCGCUUCGCAGGAUGAUUUGAAGAAGGCGUAUCGCAAACUAGCAAUCAAAAAUCAUCCCGACAAAGGCGGAGAUCCAGAAAAAUUCAAAGAAAUUGCACAAGCUUAUGAAGUAUUGAGCGACCCUGAGAAGCGCGAGAUUUAUGAUCAGUAUGGUGAAGAUGCUUUGAAGGAAGGAAUGGGUGGUGGAGGUGGCGGUGGCCACAAUCCAUUCGACCUUUUUGAGACCUUUUUUGGUGGUAAUCCUUUUGGAGGUGGUGGAAGUAGCCGAGGCAGGAGACAAAGAAGGGGAGAGGAUGUUAUUCAUCCUCUCAAGGUUUCACUAGAGGAUCUAUACAAUGGAAUGUCUAAGAAGCUAUCACUUUCUCGCAAUGUGAUCUGUCGCAAAUGCAAGGGGAAAGGGUCAAAGUCCGGCGCUUCAACAACCUGUCCUGGAUGUCAGGGGUCAGGCGUGAAAGUUUCUAUUAGACAAAUGGGCCCUAUGAUCCAGCAGAUGCAACAUGCUUGCAGCGACUGUAAAGGAACUGGUGAAACUAUUAACCACAAAGAUCGGUGCCCCCAAUGCAAGGGCGAAAAGGUUGUGCAGGAGAAGAAAGUACUGGAAGUUGUUGUGGAGAAAGGGAUGAAACAUGGCCAAAAGGUCACAUUCCCUGGAGAAGCUGACGAAGCGCCGGACACCGUUACUGGUGACAUUGUCUUUGUUUUACAACAAAAAGACCACCCAAAGUUUAAGAGAAAGGACGACGAUCUUUUUAUGGUACACACCUUAAGCCUUACUGAAGCACUAUGUGGCUUCCAAUUCAUCCUGACGCAUUUGGACAAUAGGCAGCUCCUUAUCAAAUCUGAGCCUGGGGAAGUUAUCAAGCCUGAUCAAUCCAAGGCUAUAAAUGAUGAAGGAAUGCCUAUGUACCAGAGGCCGUUCAUGAAAGGAAAACUAUAUGUGCAAUUCUCUGUGGAUUUCCCCGAAAGCUUGAGCCCCGAUCAAAUCAAAGCUAUUGAGGCUGUUCUUCCCCGAAAGCCAACCCCAAAACUAACAAAUGCUGAGAUCGAGGAAUGCGAGGAGACUACACUGCAAGAUGUGAACAUGGAAGAAGAGAUGAGGAGAAAGCAGCAGCAGCAGCACGCACAAGAAGCGUACGAUGAAGAUGAUGAUGAUAUGCCUGGCGGGGCUCAGAGGGUGCAAUGUGCUCAGCAGUAGUAACUACUAUGACUACUACUCUACUUGAGGCAAUACCGAUGGUAUCCUAUCCUAUCCUAUCUUAUCUUAUCUUAUCCUAUUCUCUUAGUUAAGUAAUUACAUUUUUACUGCAUUAAUACUAGUGCCGUUUUGUGAACGAAUUUGAAUUUGGUGGAUGGAUUGAUUGUUGGUGAGAAAUGAAAUAUUUUAAUCUCAAAA